AUGCAGACGUCUCAGGCUCUCUGCUCUUUCUGCAUCUUCUUCCAAGUCUUCCUCCCUUCGGGGCGAGGCUGGCAAGUGCUUAAAAACGAUGCCACGGAGAUCGUGCCCGACUUCCCGGAGAAUACCGAGCCGCCGGCUGAGCAACCGUACGUCCAGAGUGACAACGACACCAUGAACAACCGGGCGCAGCAAGGAGAGAGGCACCUGCAAGUUGCCCUGGGCAGGACAGGUAAGGAAAACAAUAUAUAUAAACAGAGAGAGAGAGAGAGAGAGAGAUAAAGCAACCUCUUCUAGUUCUCAGGUGUGUGAGCAUCUCUAGCUGGCUGUUGUAGCAGAGCAAGCAGGUACCGUUUGCUGCAGGUUAGUUCACACAUCUGAUGUUGUUCCACGGAUAAGGGAAAACCUGUGGUCACACAGAUGUGGACGGACUCCAACUCCCAUCAUUCCCAGUGGUCCAGGAUGAUAGCAGUUGGAGUCCAUCAAGAUCUGGAACCCGACAGGUGCCACCACCCCUGGUUUUCAUUUUUAUAGAACCAUUGAGUUGGAAGGGACCCCGAGGUAAUCUAAGUCCCCCCCCACCAUGCAAUGCAGGAAACUUUUGCCCAAUGCGGGGUUGGAACCCACAACCCUGAGAUCAAGAGUCUCAUGCUCUUACCAGUGCUCUUACCAGCUGAGCUAUUGGUGAGCUUUGCCUCGCCGGAGCUCUCCAGCGUCUCUAGGUGAAGGCAGAGGUAUUUCCCAUUAGCUGGGAUAGGAGGAGGAACAACAGAAGGUGCCCUCUUUGGAGUCAGACCAUUGGCUCAGCAUUGUUCACAUGGACCAGUAGCAGCUGUCCAGGGAUGCUGGGAAUCGCACUCAGGAGGAAAGCAAUUACUCUGCUUCUAAGCAAUGGAUCUUUCCCUUGCAACCUGAGAUCCUUUCCCUGGAGGAGAUUGGGAAUUGAACCUGGAGUGCUUGGCAUGCAGAGUCUGUGCUUUCUCCCCUGAGCUAUGGUCCCACUCCACCACAGGUGCUAAAGAUCUAGUGAUCGGGCUCCUGAAAUGACUUUUUAGGAAUCACAUUGAUUUACCCUACGAAAGACAGCAUUGUACAGUCUUUGCAGGUGGUCUCCCGCCCAGGCACUGGUCAGGCACAGAUCCGUACAGAAUCAUAGAAGAGUUGGAAGGUACAUCUAGUCCAACCCUCUGUAAUGCAAGAAUCUUUCGCCUAACGUGGGUUUCGAACCCAGGACCCUGAGAUUAAGAGUCUCAUGCUCUACCAACUGAGCUAUCUGCUUGCCUUCAUGAAGGCUGCAGCACAACCUGCCUUCAGACCAUUCCUUGGGACUAGGACAGCCCCACGUGGUCUCCCAGGACUAGAUCCUGACCCGCUUUGUUUCAGGAAAGUCCCUGCAACACAACGUGCCUUCAAGACCACACCUUCUGCCUCUUGUAAUCUGCCUUGCUUGUUGCACACAGCCAAGAACUGUCCCCUGGCAAAGGAGCUCUGUGUAACAUGAAAGCUUCCACACUUCAUGGGCCAAUAAUUAUUUUACAGCCAUUUGGCCCCCCAGUAGCUGUUUUCAUCCAUGAGACUUAAAAGUGGCUUUUGUUUCAAUCAGAUUUUGUUAAACAUAAAACCUAUUCGGCCAGAAUGUUUGUUGGCAUUGCAAGCAUGUCUCUUCUGCUUCCUGUCCUGCAAGAUCAAUGAUUAGAUCGUAACAGGAACGCUCGCCAAAGGACAUGUGUGAAAAUGCUCUUAAGAAGGUAGCAAUUUGUCCUGAAAUAUGACCCACGAACACUGCGGAGUAUUGCGGGAUGAUAUCUUUAAUUAGUGCUCUAUUUACAGGUUUUGCGAUGAGACAGUAUGAUGUUCUGACCUCUAGGGCUGGAGGAGAAAUUGGAUUCAAUUUGCAUUUAAAGGCAAACCUACUUAAUUCACAUUCUCUAAAACAAGAUGCGAAAUAUAGGAAGUUUAAAAAAAAAUUGCACCGCCCCUAAUUUUGCGGGGCUGCUCUUCAGCAAAGUAAUGUGUGCAAAAGGGCACAUACCAGGGUAAAUGUCCAUUUUUGUAAGUGGAAAAAAAUGACAAUUUUUAAAAGAUAAAUGUGCAUAGAAAGGCAUAUGUUGGUGAAAAUAAGAUACAAAAAUGCUUUGUAUUAGGAAAAACUGAUUUUGCAAAAACAACAAAAAAGCAUUAGAAGAUAUUUGCAUUGAAAUACUGGUGAAUUUUCAUGAGAAAAAAAUUGCUAACUGAUGUGGUGAUCUGGAGAUUGGAAAAACCCAAGCCAGCCUGUUUCCCAGUCCUUACGAACUACAUUGUGGUGCUCUUUGCAAUGUCCCAUGCCAAACUAGAAGGUUGCUCCCUACAAACUUGCUAGAAAGGCAGGCUGGGUGGGAAGGACUGACUGACUGAGCUACUUUGCCUGAAAAACAGAUCUGUGCAUGGAUAAGCACCCAGCACGUGCCUUGCCAUGACAGGGUGAGAGAAGGGGGUCUUACUACUCAUAAAGUAAUUCUGACUCAAACAGUUUGCACAUGGGGAAAACAAAUCUACUGUUUGUUUCCCCUUUAUUUUGGUUCCAUUAUAAAAUAUGAGAGGGAGAACUAAUGCAAACAAAGCCUUUGGGGCGCACCCUAGAUGUAACUCAUUCCAUUUUGAGGUUGCUGAUGUAUGAAAGUUCCUGUUUUCUCCACGACCUGGACUGAAGCACAUGGAAAUGUACCUGGAAAUGGGGAUUUGAUCUGGAAAACCUCAGCCCAUAGACCAUGAGACUCUUAAUCUCAGGGCGGUGGGAUCGAGCCCCUUCUAAAAACAUUGGGGUGUGUGUGUGGGGGGGGGGAAAUCCUAACUUUGAUAUCCUUGCAAAAAUCCUACUGCACAGGGUUGUAUCCAACUAAGAGCAAACCCGUUGCAAUUAAUGAACCGAAGUGAGCCGUAUCCUUUAAUGGGCUUACUCUGAGUAGGACCAGUAUUGGCGGCAACCCGCAGGAUCCUGUCCUCCCCUCAAUCACAAGAGGACAAGGGUUAGAAUCACAGAAUUGCAAGGAGCCCUGGGCAUCAAGGUCUGAGCUAUCUUGUACCAUAGAACAGAACCAUAUACUUGGUUAGGCUUUGCAUGACAAGCUUGUAGCUACUUGGAGGUGAAGAACCUUGUUCUGUUUUUCACUUGUGUGUGCAGAGGAGGGGGGUCCCUGUCAGGACUGCAGCUUGGGAGGGAAGGCUCAAACCUCCUCUUCCCCACGCCCUGUGGUCCUGAUGAAAACCCUGCCCUCCCCACAAUGCCAAUUGCUAAAUUAAAAAAGAAAAUAAAAAUACAAGCAGGUGCCGUUGCUAUUCGUGCAAUGAAAGUGACUUCUCGCUUGGCGGCUGUCUUGAGGUGUAAGUGACAGCCCUCUGACAAUGUGUGUCUGUGGGAUCUUGUCACCAACAACCGCAUGAGAAGUUGGCACACUCGCAAGCUCCUUCGCAUGAUCUGUCUCGGAUUAUCAGCCCACUUCCUGCUUCUGUCCGCAUGGGGGAAGCUCAUACUUUGCUUAGGAAACAGUCACCUUCCUGAAAUUGGGCUGAGCAAGCAAUUCUAGAAUGUUCUUCCUCUGGGUCACAACCAUACCUGUUCCUCUCCGUUAUCAGUACAGCUCCCCUUUUAGAAACAAAUCCUUUGUGUAGCCUAUCUGCAUAUCACUCCUUGCUGAUUUUUGUUGUUGUUAAAGGGGUUGUGGGCUGCUUUGGAUCUUUCGCAGCCCCAACAUCUUCACAUUCCCAUUGAAUGAUCUCCUUCCUCUUUUUUUGGCAAGCUACAUCAAAGUUUUUGGCUGAGUCCAAUUUCUGGAUGGGCAUUGUGCUGUCCUAUUACUCAGAGGCCUGCAAAAAUGCAAGCCAGAGACUGCCUCCUGAGACCCCACAUUUUCCAAAUUAGCUGGAGGGCCAGUCUAAGGGAGAACAAUCUAUGGGGCUCUCUUGACGAAGAGAAUCUAAGAACAUAAGAAGAGCCCCACUGGAUCAGGCCAAAGAAGGUUUCCACCCCCAUUGUUAAGUCCAGACACUGAGAUCCAGUGCCAAGGGCCUUCUGGCGGUUCCCUCAUUGCGAGAAGUGAGGUUACAGGGAACCCGACAGAGGGCCUUCUCGGUAGUGGCGCCCGCCCUGUGGAAUGCCCUCCCUUCAGAUGUGAAGGAAAUAAGUAGCUAUCUUCUCUUUAAAAGACAUCUGAAGGCAGCCCUGUUUAGGGAAGUUUUUAAUAUUUAAUGCUGUAUUGUUUUUAAACACUCUAUUGGAAGCCGCCCAGAGUGGCUGGGGAGACUCAGCCAGAUGGGCAGGGUAUAAAUAAUAAAUUAUUAUUAUUAUUAUUAAAGGAUGAUGGUACUGCUGAUGAUAAUACCCCGCCUAUCUGGCUGGGUUUCCCCAACCACUCUAGGCGGCUUCUAGCAAAAUAUUAAAAUACAAUAAUUCAUCAAAUAUUAAAAGCUUCCCUAAACAGGGCUGCCUUCAGAUGUCUUCUAAAAGUCAGAUAGUUGUUUAUUUCUUUGACAUCUGGUGGGAGGGCGUUCCACAGGAUGGGUGCCACUACCAAGAAGGCCCUCUGCCUGGUUCCCUGGGCAGCUUCCUGUUCUCACAGGGGCCAGCCAAAUAACUACAGGAAACCCACAAGCAGGUCCUGAGUGUGACAAUACUCUCCCCAGUAACUAGUAUUCAGAAGCACACCACUUACAAUGUUGGAAAAUCAUCGCUAGUAGCCAUUCAUAGCCUUAUCCUCCAGGGAUUUGUCUAAACUGCUUUUACAGCCAUCCAAGUUUCACUCCGAUGUUUUGUUCUGCCCUGGAGAACACAGGUUCAUAUUCUACAAGCAAGGAAUAUGAAUCCACAACCCUCACUCAUCGUCACCAAGCUCUCUGUGAUUCCCCUGCGAUCUCCUGAUCAAUAAGGCAAAUCUUGGAGAUGUCUAACCAUGCCAAAGUGGCCAGCUUCCAGGAAGGGCCCUGUCCUUUUAAAUUCCUGCCGGCUAAGAAGCGGGAGCCGACAGACACCCAGCAAAACUAUUCCCCUACUAAAGUUCCCUGUUGACAUUUGGUCAUAGUUGGAGCAACACCUGCUUCCCCCUGAGGAGCUCUCCAAGGUCCUGUAGAAUCUGCCUAAGGCCUAGUUCUGACAUAGCAGGUGAGAAGGUGGCAAACUUGUUUCUGGGUUGUACCACUUCAGCCUGCCGGUGGGUUUAAUAAAAUGUAUAUAUUGCUAAUUGCAAGAGGCGGGGAAAAAACUCCAAGUGGUUUACAGUUAGUCUGUAGCGUGUUCCAGGUAAUCUCUCACUACUCCCCCCAUUCCACAUAUUUUUUAUGUAUUAAGGCUUUUUUUAAUGAAAGAGUGUUCAGCCAUGUGAGCGCCCUCCAUUGGUCUGCAGUGGAACAUCCCAGUGGUACAGCUGUUGUUUUUCUGAAUUUGGAACAGGCUAACUGAUGCCCUGUCAGGUGAGCUCACCGAUUGGCCAGAACUUUAGUGGUGCGUAGAAAACUCUACUUGACUCCUGCCAAAUAGAAAAUCAGAUAGAAUCCAUUGAAGACUUUGACGGCUGGUUUUGUGCUCAUUCAGAGCAUCUAGUGCUGUCUGGACGGGUGGGAAUAUUUUCAGGAUUGAAGCCUGCAUUUCUUCCGGGGGAAGCGGCAGAUUUUGCAUACUGGUGGUAGGUGGGACAAAAUACAAAAAUGUGCAGGCCCAAAGAUCCUAGUAGUUGGUGGGGCUACUGAGGGGAAACAAUAGGUUUGAUUACCCUCCUCCCAAGGUGAGGGGAAGCGACCUAGCUGAGCCUGACAGGGCAGCUAACUCUAUGGUAUUAACCCCUUCAUACAGUAAUUCGACUUCAGCAUGCUGGCUAUUCCACAAAAAACAACCCAUCCUUCUUUCUCUCUUAGAACCCCUGGAGUUCAGCUGCCGGGAAACAUACUCGACCCGCUACAUCACCGACGGUCUGUGCCGCAGCAUCAAGCCACUAAGGGAGCUGGUCUGUUCUGGCCAGUGCCUUCCCUCCCACCUCCUCCCCAACUCCAUUGGCAAGGGGAAAUGGUGGCGGCAGAACGCUUUGGAUUACCGCUGCAUCCCGGCGCACAGCCGCUCCCAGCGCAUCCAGCUGGCCUGCCCCGACGAGGAGCUGCGGACUAUCAAGAUCAGAGCCGUCACCGCUUGCAAGUGCAAGCGCUACACCCGCUACCACAACCGCUCCCAGCUCAAGGAUUUCAGCAAAGAGGCCGCCCGGCCCCAGAAGAACAAAAAGCCACGUCUCUCCAGGGCCAGGGGCAGUAAGGCCAACCAGCCGGAGCUGGAGAACUCCUACUAA